UACCUGCGUAGCCUUUGCUAAUUGUUACAACCUCGUUUCGGUUUCUCUGUUAACACACAGAACAGAGGGCAACGAACACGAAGAGAGAAACAAAACAUACAACCCUUAUCUGCACGUUUGAUGACGGAAAUCGUUACUGCCUCCGUCAUAACGUCGUCUCUGAUUCCUCCGUCACAAACCCUAACCCUAAUCCCUCUUUCUCUUGAUGGCCACCGAAGACUACCCUCUCCUCGACUCUCCCUCCCACGGGCAGCCUCACCUCCACGCGUCCACGCGCCACCACUUCCCUUCCUCCUCCUCCUCCAGUCCCACCACUCUCCCCGCCACCGCCGCCUCCGGCACCGCCACCGCCGACUACUACCCCCACCCCUCCUUCUCCGACGACUCAGCCAAAUCCAACUCCAAACGCGCCUCCGCCGCCGGCAGCCCCUACUACCACAACAAGAGGCUCAAAUCCGCCGCCGAUCCGGAUCCGGCCACCGAUUACCGGAAGGACCGCGAAGAAUGGAGCGACACAGCGAUCGCGUAUCUGUUGGAGGCGUACACGGAGAAGUUCAACCAGCUGAACCGCGGCAACCUCCGCGGCCGCGACUGGGAGGAGGUGGCAGAGGCGGUGCUGGAACGAUGCGGCGGAGAGGGGAAGCAUCAGAAGAGCGUGGAGCAGUGUAAGAAUAAGAUUGAUAAUUUGAAGAAGAGGUAUAAGGUGGAGCUUCAGAGAAUUGGGAGUGGUGGCAUUGCCACUAGUCACUGGCAUUGGUUUAAGAAGAUUGAAGCUAUUGUUGGCAACUCUCUGUCUGUGAAAACUGUUUCUGAUGAUGAUAAGGCUGGCAGUAGUGGUGGUGGUGCUAAUUCUCCUUCUAUGGCUAGACAAACUAAGAACAGAUAUGCACCUAGCAAUGCUACCGUGGCAACCAACCUCAAACCAAAGCCAGCGUCAAAUCUAAAAUGGCAUAGAGUUUUGUUUAAAAUUAGUGGCUCUGCAUUGGCUGGAAACUGCCAGAACAUUGACCCCAAGGUGGCAAUGCAGAUUGCUAGGGAAGUGGCAACAGCUUGCCGCCUUGGGGUGGAGGUGGCCAUUGUUGUUGGUGGUCGUAACUUCUUUUGUGGAGAUGCAUGGGUGUCUGCUACCGGGUUAGAUAGACCUACGGCAUACCAAAUAGGUAUGAUGGCAACAGUUAUGAAUUCUAUUUUGCUUCAAUCUGCUUUGGAAAAGCUGGGUGUUCAAGCACGUGUUCAGAGUACAUUCUCGAUGCCAGAGGUUGCUGAACCAUAUAGCAGGCAACGAGCUAUUAGACAUCUUGAGAAAGGAAGGGUUGUCAUAUUUGGUGGUGUUGGUGCUGGCACUGGAAAUCCACUUUUUACCACUGAUACAGCUGCAGCUCUCAGAGCUUCUGAGCUUAAUGCUGAUGCGGUUCUGAAAGGUACUAAUGUGAAUGGCGUCUUUGACUGCCAUCCCCGUAAUGAUAAUAUAACACUCGAUCACAUUUCCUUUAGGGAAGUUGUUUCUAGGGGCGUCACCUCCAUGGACAUGAUGGCGCUGGCAUAUUGUGAAGAGAAUGGAAUACCUGUUGUAGUCUUCAACGUGCUUGAACCGGGGAAUGUUUCAAGAGCAUUAUGUGGAGAUCAAGUUGGCACUUUGAUUGAUCAAACUGGUAGAGUGGAGCAUUAGCUUCCAAGUUAAUCGUGCAUGAUUUGGUUGUAAUCAGAUUAUGGCGUCACUUAAUAUUUACACAAGGGAUCCCUUGAUUUGUUUCUGUAUUGUUUGUUUUUUAAUUGAGGCGUUGCCUGUUAGCUAAUGUAUUUACCGCGCACUACUGAUUCAUUAGAUUUACCACACAUGUAACUUAAGUCUGAAAUUUUGUACUUAUUUAACUAAUGUUGAUAUGAUAAUAUAUUUGACAUAUUUACACAACUCAAGUACUGACAUAUUUACUUGAAUGAAGAUUUCGGGUUUCACUUUGC